CGUCUCACAAGAUCUCCAUUCUUUCCAAAUGGAAGAAAAAAUUUGAAAUUUGUCCAUUUCUAUAUAUCAUCUAUUCAAGUCUGUUUCUGCCUAAACGGGUUAGCAAUUGCUACUCCUUCAAUCAGCUUUGAACAACUAUUACCCAAGGUGAUGCAUCGUGCUCUAAGGCCACGACUCUCGCUACUCGAAUUGCCGGUAGAGCUCCGCCUGCAGAUAUAUUCUUACAGCUUUGGUUACGAGGAAACAGCACUGCCUCGAUGGGGAUACGGUCAGCCGAGUCGAAGCGUUGCACUUUUGCGAACAUGCCGCCAAAUAUACACGGAAUCUCGUCACAUUUUAUACAAUCAGACUACGCUCUUGCUCACUGGUCGGAGUCUACAUCCACUUCCAGGAACCGUUGACAAGCACUUUGGAACCAUGGGCCGAACGUGGCUGCGAAACUUAAUCAUCAUAGAGCCUCGAGCAAUACCGUACAGAUAUUCUUUUGGUGUCUUUCCGACCCGCAUAUCUGCCACAGACUGGGACUUCAGUAUUCUGCGGCAUUUCCCUGCUGUAAGGGGAGUUGAGAUCACUGAUACGGGUCCUAUUCCUCUCCGCCUUCUGCUCGGCGAGAGCUGUGAGAAGAUGGUACAAGCUGUAGAGCAGUUUAUUCGCUCCCAGCUAUCGCAAACGCUGCAGGCAUUCUCAGUGACAGGCGGCGCGGAAAAAUAUCCAGAAGUCUCCAUUUUUGCGUCUACGCGGCUCUGGUUUACUUGCCCUGAAGUUCAACAGGAUUCACACGAUCAGACAGACGCUGAAUUGGUUGAUCUGGAUGAUUCUAACAAUACAACUUGCAAUUGGUACUCAAUUAUGCGCAGCAAGCCACUGGUUAGGGAAUCAGUCUUGCGUGUGAAACUUCAUCCGGUUUCUGAAGAUGCCACGGUAAAUGCUGAAGAUUAUCGGCUGGCCAAAAGGAUCAUUCUACGACAUAUGAGAAUGGAUUCAUGGUUUCCCGUACGAUCCAUAUCCUAAGAUCUUGCGGUCCGGUGAGAUAUUCGUCACAAAGAAGCUGUUUGAAGGCACUGGAGGAUCAAAGACGUUUGCUCUUAAGUUCGAAAAGAAUGCUAUAUUGCAUGGGUAUUGAUUUUGAGCUAAGAAAAGUGACAGAAGCUUCUAUAUUGUGUUAAGUUAAGCCGUUGAUGUUAAUCAUCCAGGUCGCCUGAGACUAUGGCAUACAGGUAUACUAUCAAGGUACGGACCAUGUGGCACUGGAAAUUGUCAUGUAUGAGUUGAGCAACUAUAUUCUUCAAAUUGUUAUGAUAGUGGUUUUAAGCUAUAUAUUCUCUAUGCGAC